AUGCUGAUCAAGGUGAAGACGUUGACCGGUAAAGAGAUCGAGUUGGACAUCGAACCGACGGACAAGGUAGAGCGAAUCAAAGAGAAGGUCGAGGAAAAAGAGGGGAUACCACCACCGCAGCAGAGGCUCAUUUUCGCUGGCAAGCAGAUGAACGACGAAAAGACCGCAACCGACUACAAGGUACGGUAUAUCAUAGUGUCUUCGGGCGGUAUAUUUUACCUUUCGGUACUCAUCAAAAUUUAUUAG